AUGUUGGGUACUGAGGAGGUUGUCUUAGAAGGAGCCCAUAGUCAGUCCAAGAACUACACCACACAUAACCAAUCCUGGAAAUGGCACAGAAAUGGCAUUAAGAAACCUUGAUCACAAAGAUAGGAAUCUCUUCGGGGGGUAGACCCCAAGUUCCUGAGGAACAUGCGCUUUGCCAAGCAGCACAACAAGAAGGGCCUGAAGAAAACACAGGCCAACAAUGCCAAGACCAUGAGUGCACGCGCUGAGGCUAUCAAGGCCUUUGUAAAGCCCAAGGAGGGCAAACCUGAAAUCCCAAAGGGCGCCAGAUGCAAGCUUGGUCAACUUGUCUGCAUUGCCCAACCCAAGCUCAGGAAAUGUGCUUGUGCCCACGUUGCCAAGGGUCUCAGGCUCUGCCUGCCAAAGGCCAAGACCAAGUCUCAAACCAAGGCCCAGGACAUGGCUUCAGCUGCAGAUCCAGCUCAGGCUCAAAAGGUUCCCAGGUCCCCACAAAGGCUCAGGAGUAGAGGCCUCUAUCUGCCAAUGUGA